AUGGAGGGGCUGGUUCUGGCUGAGGGCCUGGAGCAUGCAGGCGAGGUGACGGUGGAACGUGGGGCAUUGAGGGACGUGGCGGCUGCGGCUGGAGGGGCAGGGGGAAACGACAUAUCGGGGACUGAGCUGGUGGCUGCUGCGGCACCCAGUUUGGCGGCUGCAAUGGUGCCUGAGGCUGCUCCUGCUGCUGCUGCGUCUGCAGCGGCGACGGCGGCGGGCCUGGUGCCUGCUGGCGUUUCUGCCGCUGCCUUUGGCGGCGGCUCAACUUCACCCUCUGCCAUCCCACGGGUUGCACAGCCGGGGGCUGAGGAGCCAAGUCCGGGCGCGGAUAAGGAACAGACCGCGGAGGUGGUGUUGUCCGCGUCGCCGGCACCUGUAACUGCGGCUGUGCUGGCGGCGGCGAUGUCUGCUGCGACUGGGGAGCAGGGCGGAGCCCCGUCGGCGGAAGACGUGAUGACUGCGUGGCCGCGAACAGGCAGGAGGCAACCGCCAUCAGAGCGAGCGCGUCGGUCGUCAUCUGCGCAUACGCAAGAGGCAAGGGGGGUCUCCGGACUCAAUGAGGUAGCACAUGGGAUGACAGCAACCCACCAAGCAGAUCAGCCGGCCUCUAACCAGGACAAUGGAGCAGGCGCCCACUUACCGCCAAGCCCUGCUGCCCCAGCCGCAGAAGGCGUUGCCACUCAUCGCUCGGCUCGACUGGGCACUGUCACGUGGGGCCCUCCAAGGGGAGGCCGUACGCCGUGGAUGCCGGCGGGGAGAGCGGGACUGGAGGCCACGGCUCGAUCGGCGCCGGCGGCAGGCCGGGGUUUACGCGGUAUGGGCCGCGGAAGGCGAGGGGGAGGGCGCGGGAGUGUCGCUCAUCAAGGGGGAGCGGAGAUCCAACCCCGAACAGGCCCGUGGCGGGAACGUCACAACCGUCCAGAGGUUUCGGAGGCUGCGGCCAAUGGGGACGAAGCCGGCUCUGCUGAGGAGAACGGGGAUCCAGAUUUUAUGUGUGGAGAGGAGCCAGGCCCAGAGUCGGAAGAGGUUUCGCUGGACAACGAGGAGGAAGUGGGAAGAGGGCGGAAUCGAGCGAGAGGCACAGGGGAGGGAGCGGACGGAGAAACAUCCCAUGCUGUGGGAGGGUCGGUCCCAGCCGCAGCGGUCGCCAACGAGGUGAAAUCUCCUGCCACCCUGGCAGAGGACGACGCCAUCUGA